AUGGAAGUGCUGCGUAUGUCAUCAUUAUCCGCUGAUGGUCAGGUAUUUUUCGAGUGGCCUGAUCGGGUAAAUGGCCCGGUAAUCCGAGCUGGAACAUUGUCGGAUCUCGGCCGUGUGCACUUCGUACCAAGCGCCAAUUGUACCGAUGAUUGCUACGUUGGUAAAAAUUACAUAAAUGCAACGGUGGUCAUCGAAACAGACAAGGUAUUUGUAGUUGUAAUUAUUUUUUUUAGAUAUGCUGACGCAUUUGUGCUUCACCCCUCUCAUACCUCCUAAAU